GUCGGGAACAUGGCCGCACGGUCCUUGUGGGCGGUCCAGCGGCCAGUGCAGCGCCUCCUGGGCUCCAGUGCCGCGACCACUGGCAGGGCAUGGCUAAAUCCUUUCAGCACUGCUACCCAGAGGACUGCUGGUGAGGAUUGCAGCUCUGAAGACCCUUCUGAUGAACUUGUGCCCUCUCUGGCUGAACGAGCCUUAAGGGUAAAAGCUGUUAAACUGGAGAAGGAAGUCCAAGAUUUAACAGUGAGAUACCAGAGAGCUGUGGCUGAUUCUGAAAAUAUAAGGAGACAAACUCAGAGAUGUGUCGAAGAUGCCAAGAUAUUUGGAAUCCAGAGCUUCUGUAAGGACUUGGUGGAGGUGGCCGAUAUUCUGGAGAAGACUACAGAAUGCAUAUCUGGAGAAGCAGAACCUGGAGACCAAAAGCUCACUCUGGAGAAGGUCUUCCGGGGGUUGUCCCUUUUAGAAGCAAAGCUAAAAAGUGUAUUUGCAAAGCAUGGUCUGGAGAAGAUGACACCCAUUGGGGACAAUUAUGACCCUCAUGAGCAUGAACUUAUCUGUCAUGUGCCAGCUGGUGUUGGGGUACAGCCUGGCACUGUGGCAUUAGUAAGGCAAGAUGGCUACAAACUUCAGGGUCGCAUUAUUAGACUUGCCCGUGUGGAAGUGGCAGUUGAGUCCCAGAGAAGACUAUGA